UUCAAGGGACAGGUUGAUGGAGAGCUAUUUCUGGACGGUUGGCUGGGCUUUCGAGCCACAGUUUGCAAGAUACAGGGAGGCGCAGACAAAGGCAAUCUGCCUGUUAACAAUAAUAGAUGAUGUGUAUGAUGUUUACGGCACGAUGGAUGAGCUCGAACUUUUCACGGAUGCCGUCGAUAGAUGGGAUGUUAAUACAAUGGACAAAUUGCCAGAGUAUAUGAAGAUAUGUUUUCUAUCCCUCUUCAACACUACAAAUGACACCGCGUACAAUGUUAUGAAAGAGAAGGGUCUGGAUAUAAUUCCACAUCUAAAAAAAGCAUGGGCAGAUCUAUGCAAGGCAUACAUGGUGGAAGCAAGUUGGUACCACGAAGGCUACACACCCAAUCUUGAAGAGUACUUGGAGAACGCACUGGUGUCGAUAUCGGGUCCCCUGGCAUUGACUCUUGCUUAUUGCACCAGUGACGAUGUAACUCGAGAGGCCUUGGACGGUUUCCAAAGCUGUCCUGAGAUUGCAAGAUGGUCAUCAAUGAUCUUUCGACUUUGUGAUGAUUUGGGUACUUCCAAGGACGAGCUUCGAAGAGGCGAUGUGCCCAAAUCUAUAGUGUCACAUGCAUGAGAGCGGUGUUUCCGAGGACGCGGCUCGUGAGCAUAUCAGGCGAUUGAUUAGAGGAAAUUGGAGAGCAAUAAACGGAGAUCGAAGUUUCACUUCUCGUUUUGAGGAAAACCGAAAAAUGAUGAUCAUUAAUGCCUCUCGAAUGGCCCAAUGCAUGUACCAAUACAGAGAUGGACAUGGGAAACCCGAUCAAGUGAUUGAGGAUCGUAUCAGGUCUUUGUUGAUUGAACCUAUACUUUUGUAACGAUGGAAUUAAGGAUAAUAUCAUGAAGCCAUAAGUCUCCUCAUGAUUUGUCCAAGCUUUUGAUUAAAUUUCUUUAGGUAUGAUCGCUCUUUUUAUUCUGUAAAAAGUAUUGAUGGUGUAA